AAAAUCGUGACCUUUACAUACCCGUUCUGCUUCCGUAGGGGUGAUAUGCGCAUGGCUGGGUGAACAACUGUGAAUUCCUCACCCAGUACAUUUGUGUCUUAACUUCAUGUACAUAGCACGAUCCUUGGGCAAAAUGGCAGGCCAUUCAUCUACAAUAGUGCGUCUGGAGCAAAGAGCAGUAGAAGCAGACAAGCUCAUAGAGUACCUGAAGCAGCAGGUUCACCUCCUGAAGGAAAAAGCAAUUGCUCAGGCCACUGUCCAAGAGGAAAAGAAGUUAAAAGUUGAAAAUGCCAAACUGAAGGAAAGCAUUGAGAAGAUAAAGAGAGAACUCCUGGCAAAAGACCAGAAAGCAGGGAUAGAGGUAGAUAUGCCUGCAGGACACCCUACUGCCCUGAGUGCCUCCAAACCUCCGGCCUCCUCUCCUCCGGCCUCCUCUCCUCCUGCUCACCCUGCUGCCAGUGGAAGUUUACCCGUUAAGGACUCUGAGGGCAAGAAGAAGAAACCAGAGAAGAAAGAAAAACAAGAGAAGAAAGCCCCAGCUCAGGCGCAGGAGGAGAUGAAAGUGGAUGUGUCACGUCUUGAUCUGAGGAUAGGCCGUAUCAUCACGGCCGAGAAGCACCCAGAUGCUGAUGCUCUUUAUGUGGAGAAGGUGGAUGUUGGAGAGCCUGCUCCCCGGACAGUCGUCAGCGGGCUGGUCAAGCACAUCCCUCUGGAUCAGAUGCAAAACCGUAUGGUCGUCCUCUUAUGCAACCUGAAACCUGCCAAGAUGAGGGGAGUGGUGUCCCAAGCCAUGGUCAUGUGUGCAAGUUCACCUGAGAAAGUUGAGAUAUUGGAUCCUCCUGCAGGAGUUUCCCCUGGAGACAGAGUCCUUUGCCAAGCUUUUCCAGGUGAACCAGACAAGGAACUAAAUCCUAAGAAGAAAGUGUGGGAGCAGGUGCAGCCGGACCUUCGUACCGACGCCCAGUGUGUUGCUACCUAUAAAGGUUCUGCCUUUGAGGUGACGGGCAAAGGGGUCUGCAAAGCGCAGACAAUGAGCAAUAGUGGAAUCAAAUAAGUUUUUAGUGCCUGACAGUCAUGUGUAGACAAUGAACUGACAUGUUUAAGAUCGCUAUCUACACUACACUCUGUGGUUUUGAUGAAGUAAUGACAGACCCAUGCUCUAAUAAAGUGUGAACAGAAAUAA